AUGAUUGCCGCCGUUUCGUACAUGAUCUGCGCAGUCACACUCGUUAUGUUCAACAAGGCCGCCCUCUCCUCCUUCAACUUCCCUUGCGCCAACGUCAUCACUUUGCUUCAGAUGCUCUCCUCGACGGCCCUGCUAGCCAUUCUCCGCCUGGCAGACGUUCUCACCUUUGCGGAUGGCUCUGCUGCUGACGGGGUUGGGCUGGGAAGGGUGGUGGCAGGCCUGUUUGCUCCCAGCUAUUCUGUCUCUGUCGCCCCUGCUGCUGCUGCUGGUAGUGGCGGUGGCGGGAAACUGGGGAAGGGAGGGAAGGGUGGGAGGAGCAGGGGCGGGGGCAAUGGGUUUGUGCCUCUGCACACUCUCGCCAGAGGGGUUGGGCUGGGAAGGGUGGUGGCAGGCCUGUUUGCUCCCAGCUAUUCUGUCUCUGUCGCCCCUGCUGCUGCUGCUGGUAGUGGCGGUGGCGGGAAACUGGGGAAGGGAGGGAAGGGUGGGAGGAGCAGGGGCGGGGGCAAUGGGUUUGUGCCUCUGCACACUCUCGCCAGAGGGGUUGGGCUGGGAAGGGUGGUGGCAGGCCUGUUUGCUCCCAGCUAUUCUGUCUCUGUCGCCCCUGCUGCUGCUGCUGGUAGUGGCGGUGGCGGGAAACUGGGGAAGGGAGGGAAGGGUGGGAGGAGCAGGGGCGGGGGCAAUGGGUUUGUGCCUCUGCACACUCUCGCCAGAGGGGUUGGGCUGGGAAGGGUGGUGGCAGGCCUGUUUGCUCCCAGCUAUUCUGUCUCUGUCGCCCCUGCUGCUGCUGCUGGUAGUGGCGGUGGGGGGAAACUGGGGAAGGGAGGGAAGGGUGGGAGGAGCAGGGGCGGGGGCAAUGGGUUUGUGCCUCUGCACACUCUCGCCAGAGGGGUUGGGCUGGGAAGGGUGGUGGCAGGCCUGUUUGCUCCCAGCUAUUCUGUCUCUGUCGCCCCUGCUGCUGCUGCUGGUAGUGGCGGUGGGGGGAAACUGGGGAAGGGAGGGAAGGGUGGGAGGAGCAGGGGCGGGGGCAAUGGGUUUGUGCCUCUGCACACUCUCGCCAGAGGGGUUGGGCUGGGAAGGGUGGUGGCAGGCCUGUUUGCUCCCAGCUAUUCUGUCUCUGUCGCCCCUGCUGCUGCUGCUGGUAGUGGCGGUGGGGGGAAACUGGGGAAGGGAGGGAAGGGUGGGAGGAGCAGGGGCGGGGGCAAUGGGUUUGUGCCUCUGCACACUCUCGCCAGAGGGGUUGGGCUGGGAAGGGUGGUGGCAGGCCUGUUUGCUCCCAGCUAUUCUGUCUCUGUCGCCCCUGCUGCUGCUGCUGGUAGUGGCGGUGGGGGGAAACUGGGGAAGGGAGGGAAGGGUGGGAGGAGCAGGGGCGGGGGCAAUGGGUUUGUGCCUCUGCACACUCUCGCCAGAGGGGUUGGGCUGGGAAGGGUGGUGGCAGGCCUGUUUGCUCCCAGCUAUUCUGUCUCUGUCGCCCCUGCUGCUGCUGCUGGUAGUGGCGGUGGGGGGAAACUGGGGAAGGGAGGGAAGGGUGGGAGGAGCAGGGGCGGGGGCAAUGGGUUUGUGCCUCUGCACACUCUCGCCAGAGGGGUUGGGCUGGGAAGGGUGGUGGCAGGCCUGUUUGCUCCCAGCUAUUCUGUCUCUGUCGCCCCUGCUGCUGCUGCUGGUAGUGGCGGUGGGGGGAAACUGGGGAAGGGAGGGAAGGGUGGGAGGAGCAGGGGCGGGGGCAAUGGGUUUGUGCCUCUGCACACUCUCGCCAGAGGGGUUGGGCUGGGAAGGGUGGUGGCAGGCCUGUUUGCUCCCAGCUAUUCUGUCUCUGUCGCCCCUGCUGCUGCUGCUGGUAGUGGCGGUGGGGGGAAACUGGGGAAGGGAGGGAAGGGUGGGAGGAGCAGGGGCGGGGGCAAUGGGUUUGUGCCUCUGCACACUCUCGCCAGAGGGGUUGGGCUGGGAAGGGUGGUGGCAGGCCUGUUUGCUCCCAGCUAUUCUGUCUCUGUCGCCCCUGCUGCUGCUGCUGGUAGUGGCGGUGGGGGGAAACUGGGGAAGGGAGGGAAGGGUGGGAGGAGCAGGGGCGGGGGCAAUGGGUUUGUGCCUCUGCACACUCUCGCCAGAGGGGUUGGGCUGGGAAGGGUGGUGGCAGGCCUGUUUGCUCCCAGCUAUUCUGUCUCUGUCGCCCCUGCUGCUGCUGCUGGUAGUGGCGGUGGGGGGAAACUGGGGAAGGGAGGGAAGGGUGGGAGGAGCAGGGGCGGGGGCAAUGGGUUUGUGCCUCUGCACACUCUCGCCAGAGGGGUUGGGCUGGGAAGGGUGGUGGCAGGCCUGUUUGCUCCCAGCUAUUCUGUCUCUGUCGCCCCUGCUGCUGCUGCUGGUAGUGGCGGUGGGGGGAAACUGGGGAAGGGAGGGAAGGGUGGGAGGAGCAGGGGCGGGGGCAAUGGGUUUGUGCCUCUGCACACUCUCGCCAGAGGGGUUGGGCUGGGAAGGGUGGUGGCAGGCCUGUUUGCUCCCAGCUAUUCUGUCUCUGUCGCCCCUGCUGCUGCUGCUGGUAGUGGCGGUGGGGGGAAACUGGGGAAGGGAGGGAAGGGUGGGAGGAGCAGGGGCGGGGGCAAUGGGUUUGUGCCUCUGCACACUCUCGCCAGAGGGGUUGGGCUGGGAAGGGUGGUGGCAGGCCUGUUUGCUCCCAGCUAUUCUGUCUCUGUCGCCCCUGCUGCUGCUGCUGGUAGUGGCGGUGGGGGGAAACUGGGGAAGGGAGGGAAGGGUGGGAGGAGCAGGGGCGGGGGCAAUGGGUUUGUGCCUCUGCACACUCUCGCCAGAGGGGUUGGGCUGGGAAGGGUGGUGGCAGGCCUGUUUGCUCCCAGCUAUUCUGUCUCUGUCGCCCCUGCUGCUGCUGCUGGUAGUGGCGGUGGGGGGAAACUGGGGAAGGGAGGGAAGGGUGGGAGGAGCAGGGGCGGGGGCAAUGGGUUUGUGCCUCUGCACACUCUCGCCAGAGGGGUUGGGCUGGGAAGGGUGGUGGCAGGCCUGUUUGCUCCCAGCUAUUCUGUCUCUGUCGCCCCUGCUGCUGCUGCUGGUAGUGGCGGUGGGGGGAAACUGGGGAAGGGAGGGAAGGGUGGGAGGAGCAGGGGCGGGGGCAAUGGGUUUGUGCCUCUGCACACUCUCGCCAGAGGGGUUGGGCUGGGAAGGGUGGUGGCAGGCCUGUUUGCUCCCAGCUAUUCUGUCUCUGUCGCCCCUGCUGCUGCUGCUGGUAGUGGCGGUGGGGGGAAACUGGGGAAGGGAGGGAAGGGUGGGAGGAGCAGGGGCGGGGGCAAUGGGUUUGUGCCUCUGCACACUCUCGCCAGAGGGGUUGGGCUGGGAAGGGUGGUGGCAGGCCUGUUUGCUCCCAGCUAUUCUGUCUCUGUCGCCCCUGCUGCUGCUGCUGGUAGUGGCGGUGGGGGGAAACUGGGGAAGGGAGGGAAGGGUGGGAGGAGCAGGGGCGGGGGCAAUGGGUUUGUGCCUCUGCACACUCUCGCCAGAGGGGUUGGGCUGGGAAGGGUGGUGGCAGGCCUGUUUGCUCCCAGCUAUUCUGUCUCUGUCGCCCCUGCUGCUGCUGCUGGUAGUGGCGGUGGGGGGAAACUGGGGAAGGGAGGGAAGGGUGGGAGGAGCAGGGGCGGGGGCAAUGGGUUUGUGCCUCUGCACACUCUCGCCAGAGGGGUUGGGCUGGGAAGGGUGGUGGCAGGCCUGUUUGCUCCCAGCUAUUCUGUCUCUGUCGCCCCUGCUGCUGCUGCUGGUAGUGGCGGUGGGGGGAAACUGGGGAAGGGAGGGAAGGGUGGGAGGAGCAGGGGCGGGGGCAAUGGGUUUGUGCCUCUGCACACUCUCGCCAGAGGGGUUGGGCUGGGAAGGGUGGUGGCAGGCCUGUUUGCUCCCAGCUAUUCUGUCUCUGUCGCCCCUGCUGCUGCUGCUGGUAGUGGCGGUGGGGGGAAACUGGGGAAGGGAGGGAAGGGUGGGAGGAGCAGGGGCGGGGGCAAUGGGUUUGUGCCUCUGCACACUCUCGCCAGAGGGGUUGGGCUGGGAAGGGUGGUGGCAGGCCUGUUUGCUCCCAGCUAUUCUGUCUCUGUCGCCCCUGCUGCUGCUGCUGGUAGUGGCGGUGGGGGGAAACUGGGGAAGGGAGGGAAGGGUGGGAGGAGCAGGGGCGGGGGCAAUGGGUUUGUGCCUCUGCACACUCUCGCCAGAGGGGUUGGGCUGGGAAGGGUGGUGGCAGGCCUGUUUGCUCCCAGCUAUUCUGUCUCUGUCGCCCCUGCUGCUGCUGCUGGUAGUGGCGGUGGGGGGAAACUGGGGAAGGGAGGGAAGGGUGGGAGGAGCAGGGGCGGGGGCAAUGGGUUUGUGCCUCUGCACACUCUCGCCAGAGGGGUUGGGCUGGGAAGGGUGGUGGCAGGCCUGUUUGCUCCCAGCUAUUCUGUCUCUGUCGCCCCUGCUGCUGCUGCUGGUAGUGGCGGUGGGGGGAAACUGGGGAAGGGAGGGAAGGGUGGGAGGAGCAGGGGCGGGGGCAAUGGGUUUGUGCCUCUGCACACUCUCGCCAGAGGGGUUGGGCUGGGAAGGGUGGUGGCAGGCCUGUUUGCUCCCAGCUAUUCUGUCUCUGUCGCCCCUGCUGCUGCUGCUGGUAGUGGCGGUGGGGGGAAACUGGGGAAGGGAGGGAAGGGUGGGAGGAGCAGGGGCGGGGGCAAUGGGUUUGUGCCUCUGCACACUCUCGCCAGAGGGGUUGGGCUGGGAAGGGUGGUGGCAGGCCUGUUUGCUCCCAGCUAUUCUGUCUCUGUCGCCCCUGCUGCUGCUGCUGGUAGUGGCGGUGGGGGGAAACUGGGGAAGGGAGGGAAGGGUGGGAGGAGCAGGGGCGGGGGCAAUGGGUUUGUGCCUCUGCACACUCUCGCCAGAGGGGUUGGGCUGGGAAGGGUGGUGGCAGGCCUGUUUGCUCCCAGCUAUUCUGUCUCUGUCGCCCCUGCUGCUGCUGCUGGUAGUGGCGGUGGGGGGAAACUGGGGAAGGGAGGGAAGGGUGGGAGGAGCAGGGGCGGGGGCAAUGGGUUUGUGCCUCUGCACACUCUCGCCAGAGGGGUUGGGCUGGGAAGGGUGGUGGCAGGCCUGUUUGCUCCCAGCUAUUCUGUCUCUGUCGCCCCUGCUGCUGCUGCUGGUAGUGGCGGUGGGGGGAAACUGGGGAAGGGAGGGAAGGGUGGGAGGAGCAGGGGCGGGGGCAAUGGGUUUGUGCCUCUGCACACUCUCGCCAGAGGGGUUGGGCUGGGAAGGGUGGUGGCAGGCCUGUUUGCUCCCAGCUAUUCUGUCUCUGUCGCCCCUGCUGCUGCUGCUGGUAGUGGCGGUGGGGGGAAACUGGGGAAGGGAGGGAAGGGUGGGAGGAGCAGGGGCGGGGGCAAUGGGUUUGUGCCUCUGCACACUCUCGCCAGAGGGGUUGGGCUGGGAAGGGUGGUGGCAGGCCUGUUUGCUCCCAGCUAUUCUGUCUCUGUCGCCCCUGCUGCUGCUGCUGGUAGUGGCGGUGGGGGGAAACUGGGGAAGGGAGGGAAGGGUGGGAGGAGCAGGGGCGGGGGCAAUGGGUUUGUGCCUCUGCACACUCUCGCCAGAGGGGUUGGGCUGGGAAGGGUGGUGGCAGGCCUGUUUGCUCCCAGCUAUUCUGUCUCUGUCGCCCCUGCUGCUGCUGCUGGUAGUGGCGGUGGGGGGAAACUGGGGAAGGGAGGGAAGGGUGGGAGGAGCAGGGGCGGGGGCAAUGGGUUUGUGCCUCUGCACACUCUCGCCAGAGGGGUUGGGCUGGGAAGGGUGGUGGCAGGCCUGUUUGCUCCCAGCUAUUCUGUCUCUGUCGCCCCUGCUGCUGCUGCUGGUAGUGGCGGUGGGGGGAAACUGGGGAAGGGAGGGAAGGGUGGGAGGAGCAGGGGCGGGGGCAAUGGGUUUGUGCCUCUGCACACUCUCGCCAGAGGGGUUGGGCUGGGAAGGGUGGUGGCAGGCCUGUUUGCUCCCAGCUAUUCUGUCUCUGUCGCCCCUGCUGCUGCUGCUGGUAGUGGCGGUGGGGGGAAACUGGGGAAGGGAGGGAAGGGUGGGAGGAGCAGGGGCGGGGGCAAUGGGUUUGUGCCUCUGCACACUCUCGCCAGAGGGGUUGGGCUGGGAAGGGUGGUGGCAGGCCUGUUUGCUCCCAGCUAUUCUGUCUCUGUCGCCCCUGCUGCUGCUGCUGGUAGUGGCGGUGGGGGGAAACUGGGGAAGGGAGGGAAGGGUGGGAGGAGCAGGGGCGGGGGCAAUGGGUUUGUGCCUCUGCACACUCUCGCCAGAGGGGUUGGGCUGGGAAGGGUGGUGGCAGGCCUGUUUGCUCCCAGCUAUUCUGUCUCUGUCGCCCCUGCUGCUGCUGCUGGUAGUGGCGGUGGGGGGAAACUGGGGAAGGGAGGGAAGGGGGGGAGGAGCAGGGGCGGGGGCAAUGGGUUUGUGCCUCUGCAUACUCUUGCCAGAGGGGUUGGGCUGGGAAGGGUGGUGGCAGGCCUGUUUGCUCCCAGCUAUUCUGUCUCUGUCGCCCCUGCUGCUGCUGCUGGUAGUGGCGGUGGGGGGAAACUGGGGAAGGGAGGGAAGGGGGGGAGGAGCAGGGGCGGGGGCAAUGGGUUUGUGCCUCUGCAUACUCUUGCCAGAGGGGUUGGGCUGGGAAGGGUGGUGGCAGGCCUGUUUGCUCCCAGCUAUUCUGUCUCUGUCGCCCCUGCUGCUGCUGCUGGUAGUGGCGGUGGGGGGAAACUGGGGAAGGGAGGGAAGGGGGGGAGGAGCAGGGGCGGGGGCAAUGGGUUUGUGCCUCUGCAUACUCUUGCCAGAGGGGUUGGGCUGGGAAGGGUGGUGGCAGGCCUGUUUGCUCCCAGCUAUUCUGUCUCUGUCGCCCCUGCUGCUGCUGCUGGUAGUGGCGGUGGGGGGAAACUGGGGAAGGGAGGGAAGGGGGGGAGGAGCAGGGGCGGGGGCAAUGGGUUUGUGCCUCUGCAUACUCUUGCCAGAGGGGUUGGGCUGGGAAGGGUGGUGGCAGGCCUGUUUGCUCCCAGCUAUUCUGUCUCUGUCGCCCCUGCUGCUGCUGCUGGUAGUGGCGGUGGGGGGAAAUUGGGGAAGGAGGGGAGGAGCAGGGGCGGGCGCAGUGGGUUUGUGCCUCUGCAUACUCUCGCCAGGGUGCUGCCUCUGUCGCUCUCAUAUAUCCUCUACAUGGUGGUGGGCAUGGCGAGCAUAAGAGGGGUGAACGUGCCCAUGUACACGGCACUAAGGCGCACCACAGUGGCCUUCACCCUCCUGGCAGAGAGACUCCUGUCAAGCAAGCGACACUCCUCAUACACGCUCAUCAGUGUGGCAGUCAUUGUCACAGGAGCAAUGCUGGCAGCACUAAGGGACUUCUCAUUUGACGCAUACGGCUACUCGCUCGUCUUCCUAUCCAACAUCACCACCGCACUCUAUCUCGCGUUCAUCGCAAGGCUAGGCAAAGCCACCGGGCUUAACAGCUUCGGCCUCAUGUGGUGUAACGGCGUCAUCUGCAUCCCCGCCCUCCUUCUCUGGACAUUCUUCUCGGGGGAAAUUCAACGGACGCUCGAUUUCCCGGCACUCCUGCAACCGAAUUUCCUGGCUGUGCUGGCGAUGUCAUGCCUCAUGGCCUUUGCUCUCAACUACACCAUUUUCCUCAACACUUCUAUCAACUCCGCCCUCACCCAAACCAUGUGCGGCAACAUCAAGGUGUGUGGGAACAUCAAGGUGUGUGGUAAGAUUAAGUCACGUCCGUCGCCAGCGAUCAUGGAUGCGAAGGUGCUGAGCUACGGCGACGUCCUUCUUCGCGCGUGCGACGUGGCGACGCUGGAGCCGUCGCAAUGGCUCAACGACAAAAUCAUCGAAUUCUACUUCGAAUACCUCUCGCGAACCCUCCUCGCCGCAACCGACCCCUCCGCGUCCGCCGCCGGCGCUGCCGCUGGCUCUGCCGCCCGGUCAGCUAGCAGCAGCAGGAGCAGCAGCAGCAGCGGCAGCAGCAGCAACGGCGCCGGCGGCGCUGCUGGUGGUGCGGCGGGAGGGGAGGGUAACAACAGCGCCGUGCUGCUGGUGGGACCGUCGGUGUCGUUUUGGCUCAACAUCUGUCCGAGCGACGAUGACGUCACGGAAACCAUGGCUCCCUUGGGCGUGGAGAGCAAGGAGCUCAUAGCCUUGGCAGUCAACGACAACAACGACCCCACACUCGCAGAGGCAGGCUCGCACUGGAGCCUUCUUCUCUUCAUCAGGUCACGUCGUCUCUUCCUUCACUUUGACAGCGCCGGCUCGCACAAUCUGGAGGCCGCUAAGGGGCUUGCUGAGAAGCUUCAAGCCGUCCUAGGUGUUACAGUGACUGACGACACUUUCCAAUCAGCAUCUACACCUCAACAGCUAAACGGGUACGACUGUGGAGUGUACGUACUCGCUAUAGCAAAGGCCCUCUGCGAGACCGCAUCUGCUGCUCCCGAGGGGAAAGCAUUGGCAGAGGAACUGGAAAGCUCAGCCAAAGGGGUGGAUGCGGCAGCGGUUACCAAGUUACGGGGAGACGUGAAGCAGCUUAUUCAACACCUGGGGAAGCAAAGCAAGGAGUAA